ACUAUGAUCCAGAAAUUCAAAAUGAAGGAAGAGUUGUCUCGUUCAAGUUCAAAACCCGUCGUAAUUAGACAAGUAUGGGCACACAACCUAGAAGAUGAAUUCGAUCGCAUACGUAAAGCCGUUGUUGAUGGAUAUCGUAUGGUGUCAAUGGACACUGAAUUUCCUGGAGUUGUUUAUCCACCCAAAGUCGAUAGCCAUCACCUCCGACCUUCCGACAUUUAUGGUUACUUGAAGGUUAAUGUCGACGCUCUCAAACUCAUUCAGUUGGGUCUCACCUUAUCGGAUGCAAGUGGCAACCUACCUUUUGAAGCCGAUAACUGCUACAUUUGGGAGUUCAAUUUUUGCGAUUUUGACGUCCGGCGUGACCCCCACAACAAAGAUUCCAUUGAUCUUCUCCGACGCCAAGGUAUCGAUUUCAACUGCAAUGUCAUUCACGGUGUGAAUUCGUUCAACUUUUCUGAGUUGAUGAAGAGUUCUGGACUUGUCCACAAUAAAGCAGUGACGUGGGUGACAUUUCACGGCAUCUACGAUUUUGGAUAUCUUGUGAAGAUACUAAAACAGAGUAAUCUUCCGGAUAGCUUGGAAGGAUUUUUGUAUGUAAUGAGAGACAUAUUUGGAACGAGUGUCUACGAUAUGAAAUAUAUGAUCCAACAUUGCAAUGGACUAUACGGUGGUCUCGAACGUGUUGCAAGUAUUCUUAAAGUUGGUCGGAUUGCCGGAAAGUCACAUCAAGCUGCAUCUGAUAGUUUGUUGACGUGGCAGGCGUUUCAAAAGAUGAAACUCAUGUAUUUCAGCAACAAUGAAGUUAAAAAUCAUGCUGGAAUGAUUUUUGGAUUAGAAGUUACGUCUUACUAA